UUUGCAAGAGCUAUCUUGGGGUCACCGCGCGCUGACUGAAAGCCGACUUCACCUGUCUUCACACACAUGCCCCGUGCUACAUGACUAAUGCCCAGAAGCGCCCCUGGCCAACACCCGCACACGUUGGCGACAUACCAUUGACCCACCACAUGGUCAAACCUCCUUAGUCCCGAUCGCUCGUUCCGUUGUAUGACCAUCCUGCUGACACCCAAAAAAGAGUACCAUAAGUAGCUUCUUCACCAGCCGCAAGCAACAUCCGCAUACCUCGGAAAUCUGACACGGCCGCUGUCCCACGAGCAUCACGAAAGUGAUAGAAUCAUCGCGAGCGGCCAUGAAGGGCGGCCAAACGGAUCCGGGGUGGGGUGGCGGCAUGUCAGCAGUCGGUCGAGGCGCGCAGGCAGAGAGUUCCGGAGGACAUAAAGAGUACGAACUUGCACUCCAAUCGACCAACACAGACAUCCAGGUUCGAUACGUGGAUCGACAAGACGAACCGUCGUCCUAUCCUUACUGGGUCAUCACCGACAAUACCACGCCCAAGUACGACCCGUAUCGCGGCUUUUGGUCGCGCGAUAGGAAGGAGGUAGAGUCGGACUCGAUCGGGAAGGCAACAACUACAACCGAGUUAACCCACGAUGUGGUAGCAGAUGAUUCCAUCGCCGGUACCGCUGACGAUGUGGAUUACGCUGCUUCUGACGUGGAAGAUGAAGAAGAUUCUGAACAAUUCCUCCGUGGCGCAGCUGCUACGAGGAACAAGAAAUCCGUCCGCUUUGCAGAGAUGCGACUUUUUCGAACGAGCUUCCCCAGCUCUAUGUCCAACCCAUCUAAGUCCGACGACUUCACAGCCCAGAUAUCUGCCCCUCAAUUGGGUACAGAAAGAGCAAAUCGUCCUGUUCGAGCAGCAGCUAGAAAGGCUAAGCUGAACAACCCAGCUUCUGAUGUGUCCGCAAAUAUCUCUUCUGAAGCUCGGCGAAUAUCUCAAGUAGCAGAACGUGACUACGCAUUCGAUGUAGACAAUACCGUUGCGAGAGUUCGUGUCACCCGUGAUCGCGGCCUACGUGUCAGACAGACUAAACCUGACAACGCUCUUUACGCUUCUCUUGCAUUUGAGGAGGAGAGCGGAAAAGAAGAAGAGAGACAAGGGGUCAACAAAGACGAUAUCCACGACACCCAAGAACAUGGCGUUUUGGCACAAAUUUUGGCCUAUGGUGGUAAUGCCCAAGGCGGCAGCAACCAGGCAAAUGAAGCAGACGAGGCGGAUUGGACUCCAAGAAGCAAAACAGGAAGGCCUGCUACACGAGGAAGACAAGGCAAGGGCGUGCAGGAAGAUGUAGUGAAAACGGCUGCAGCUAAACUGCAUAAGCCAAGAGGGACAGCAAGGUGGAAACCAGACCCUAUUAUCGAGAGGCCAUUCGUCUGCAAUAUCUGCUCAGCUGCAUUUGUACGCCAGCAGCAUCUGAAGCGCCACGAGCGGUCAGUGCAGCGUUGCCAACGUACCGUACAGUUUGAGGCGUAUCACCGUAACGUACAGCGGUUUUUUGGUGUUGGCCCGUACGUACGCACCUGCAUGGCGACCCGUACAAAGCUCCGUACGUACUCAUUUUGGAUCGGGAAAGUACGGUAGUACGGUACUACGGAACGUCGGAUUUGGCUGGGGAUUUUGUUGCAAUUGGUGGAGAUUUCCCAUGCCCUCUACUAGCCCUGUGCGCUGUCAGAUAUUGCCUUGUGUA